CGGCUUCCGGUGUGGGUGACGAGUGGUGGCCGAAGCAGGGGGACAGCAGGGGACGCUUAGGCUGGAACCAUGGCGGACGGCGGCUCGGAGCGGGCUGAUGGGCGCAUCGUCAAGAUGGAAGUGGACUACAGCGCUACGGUGGAUCAGCGCCUGCCCGAGUGCGAGAAGCUGGCCAAGGAAGGAAGACUUCAAGAAGUCAUUGAAACCCUUCUCUCUUUAGAAAAACAAACACGUACUGCUUCUGAUAUGGUGUCUACAUCCCGAAUCUUAGUUGCAGUGGUGAAGAUGUGCUAUGAGGCUAAAGAAUGGGAUUUACUUAAUGAAAAUAUUAUGCUUCUGUCAAAAAGGCGGAGUCAGUUAAAACAAGCUGUUGCAAAAAUGGUUCAGCAGUGCUGUACUUAUGUUGAAGAAAUCACAGACCUCCCAGUCAAACUUCGAUUAAUUGAUACUCUACGAAUGGUUACAGAAGGAAAGAUUUAUGUUGAAAUUGAACGUGCUCGACUGACUAAAACAUUAGCAACUAUAAAAGAGCAAAAUGGUGACGUGAAAGAGGCAGCCUCCAUUUUACAAGAAUUACAGGUGGAAACCUAUGGGUCAAUGGAAAAAAAAGAGCGAGUGGAAUUUAUUCUAGAGCAAAUGAGGCUCUGCCUUGCCGUGAAGGAUUAUAUUCGGACACAAAUUAUCAGCAAGAAAAUUAACACCAAAUUUUUCCAGGAGGAAAACACAGAGAAAUUAAAGUUGAAAUUUUAUAAUUUAAUGAUUCAGCUGGAUCAGCAUGAGGGAUCUUAUUUGUCUAUUUGUAAACACUACAGAGCAAUAUAUGAUACUCCCUGUAUACAGGCAGAAAGUGAAAAGUGGCAGCAGGCUCUGAAAAGUGUUGUUCUCUAUGUUAUCCUGGCUCCCUUUGACAAUGAACAGUCAGAUUUGGUUCACCGAAUAAGUGGUGACAAGAAGUUAGAAGAAAUUCCCAAGUACAAGGAUCUUUUAAAGCUUUUUACUACAAUGGAGUUGAUGCUAUGGUCCACAUUUGUUGAAGACUAUGGGAUGGAAUUAAGGAAAGGUUCCCUUGAGAGUCCGGCAACUGAUGUUUUUGGUUCUACAGAAGAAGGUGAAAAAAGGUGGAAAGACUUGAAGAACAGAGUUGUUGAACAUAAUAUUAGAAUAAUGGCCAAAUAUUAUACUCCGAUAACAAUGAAAAGGAUGGCACAACUCCUUGAUCUGUCCGUGGAUGAGUCAGAGGCUUUUCUCUCAAAUCUAGUAGUUAACAAGACCAUCUUUGCUAAAGUAGAUAGGUUGGCAGGAAUCAUCAACUUCCAGAGACCCAAGGAUCCCAAUAAUUUAUUAAAUGACUGGUCUCAGAAACUGAACUCACUGAUGUCUCUGGUUAACAAAACUACACACCUUAUAGCCAAAGAGGAGAUGAUACAUAAUCCAUAA